GUGACUCACGCCGCUUCUCCCGCGGCCGCGGGGGCUUCUCGGGGUCCGCGCACGCCCUGCGCUGACAGGACCCGAGCGGAGCCUCCCCGCGGCCCGGCCGCGCCCGGUCCUGAGCGGUACCAUGAUGUGGGGUGCAGGAGGCCCUCUAGCCUGGCUCUCAGCUGGCCCAGGCAGUGUGAAUGUGAGCAGCGUGGAUCCAGCUGAGGGGUCCACAGGCCCAGCUACACCGCUGCGCUCACCUAGGGCCUGGGACGUGGUGCUGUGCAUCUCAGGCACCCUGGUGUCCUGUGAGAAUGCGCUGGUGGUGGCCAUCAUCGUGGGCACUCCUGCCUUCCGUGCCCCUAUGUUCCUGCUGGUGGGCAGCCUGGCUGUGGCAGACCUGUUGGCAGGCCUGGGCCUAGUCCUGCACUUUGCUGCUGUCUUCUGCAUCGGCUCAAUGGAGAUGAGCCUGGUGCUGGUUGGUGUGCUGGCAAUGGCCUUUACUGCCAGCAUUGGCAGUCUACUGGCCAUCACUGUUGACCGCUACCUUUCUCUGUACAAUGCCCUCACCUACUACUCAGAGACAACAGUGACACGGACCUACGUGAUGCUGGCCCUAGUGUGGGGGUGUGCCCUGGGCCUGGGGCUGCUGCCUGUGCUGGCUUGGAACUGCCUGGAUGGCCUAACCACAUGUGGUGUGGUGUAUCCACUCUCCAAGAACCAUCUGGUGGUCCUAGCCAUUGCCUUCUUUAUGGUGUUUGGCAUCAUGCUGCAGCUCUAUGCCCAGAUCUGCCGCAUCGUCUGCCGCCAUGCCCAGCAGAUUGCCCUCCAGCGGCACCUGCUGCCCGCCUCCCACUAUGUGGCCACCCGCAAGGGCAUUGCCACACUGGCCGUGGUGCUUGGAGCCUUUGCUGCCUGCUGGUUGCCCUUCACAGUCUACUGCCUGCUGGGUGAUGACCACUACCCGUCCCUCUAUACCUAUCUCACCCUGCUCCCUGCCACCUACAACUCCAUGAUCAACCCCAUCAUCUAUGCUUUCCGCAAUCAGGAUGUGCAGAAGGUGUUGUGGGCCAUCUGCUGCUGCUGUUCCUCUUCCAAAAUCCCCUUCCGAUCCCGCUCCCCCAGUGAUGUCUAGUCACAUCAUGGUGACCCUUGAGCCCUGAUCACUACAGAAUUCCAGAAUGUUAGGUUCUCCAGGACUUUGUUUCAAACCCCCAGCUCACACCCCCAAGAUCCAGCUGGUUCUGGAGUUCUAGGAUAUUGGGUGUUUCAAGAUUCUAUUCAGAUCCCUGUGGGGGUCCAGCUGGCUCCAAGGUUCUAGAAUGUUCAGGUGGUUAGGGUUCCACUCAGAAAUAUCCCACAGCCCAGCUGGCUUGCAGUUCCAGAAUGCUGGGAGUUUUACAGUGCCAUUCUAAGUCCCAGACCUUCCCUGUAUCCCAAACUUGACCUUGACCAUUGUCACUUAACUUUGAAUUUCUGAGCUAGUUAGAGAGAUUUAAUCACAUAGUUGCCUAGAUAAAAGAAAGAUUUAUCUCUAUAUAUGUGCACAUACAAAGAGCUUAUCUAUUUAUGAUUUAUUUAUUUAAAUUUAUUUAUGGAUGGUUAGGGGAAAAAAAAAGAGACCACACCUUGAAAUCCAGGCCAUACCAGGGUACCCCCAGGCCCCACACCCCCAUUUCUGACCUCAGUUCCUGUGGGGGGAAAGGGAGAAAGAGAAACAACGUAUUUUGUUAUCAUUUUUGUUUAUUUUUUAUCGAAGAGAUCAUAGAAACCAGAGCCUUCUCCCCAGGCCCGCUCUCCUCGGGUUUGUAGGGGAACACACCAGCCUCUGGUUUUUUAUUUUUGUAAGAAGCCAUCACCUGAGCAACCGAGAAUUCCUCUGCGCUGGGGGCCGGCUGCCCUCUGGUGGCCAUUUGGGGGAAACUGCAGCCCGGCCCGACAGCCUGGACCAGGACGCUCAACUCCAACUCUGCUCCAAGCUCUGCGUCCAGUGCCACAGCCAGGACCUGGGGGCCAGGCCUCACCCUCUGGUGCCCUAGAGAAGGCGGGGCAUGAGCCAACACCCCACCCUUCUGCCAACCGGGGUCUGGCUCCUGUGCAUUCCCCAUUCCUGUCCCCAACUCAAUAAAAAAUGAUUUUGUGAUAA